AUGACUUCGUUUGGAGCAACGAAAAUUAUAUCUGAAGGCGGUUACAUGCCAACAUUCAAAGUUCAAGGCCAAAUAUACCACAAAAUCGGUUCAUUGCUCGCAGUGCCACAAAAAGAUGCGAAAUUUCUGCAAAUUUAUUUCACUGGAAAUGAUGCACUGGAAGUAGACAAGCGUUGCGCAAUUAGUUCUGGGAUCCGACGCGAGAUCAUUUCAAGCUUGCAGGCAAUGUUCCAUGAACAAAACAAUUUGAUUCGCCUUUUUAAAACAGCUCUGGAUCAAAUGCCAUCAGAUGACUAUAGUGUUGUUAUUAGAGCAGACAAAGUUCCUGCUGGUGAACAUGAAAGGCGCUUCAAUGCUCCAGUAACAGGGGAUGUUGCAAUUGUAAUAGUUGGCACCGAAUUCGAUCGACGUGACAUCAUUAUCCACCGGCGAAAUGCUAAUAUACAGAGAGUAUCGGAAACACAUCGAUCGUAUGAUGCACUCCAAUAUCCAGUGCUGUUUCCCCAUGGAGAAGAAGGAUAUCAUUUCAACAUCAGGCAAGUCGACCCCAGCACAAGUGAAACGACGACAAAGAAAGUGUCCUGCAUGGAUUAUUAUACAAACCGCAUUAUGAUUCGUGGAAAUGAAUCCAAUCAUAUCUUAAAAUGUCGUGAAUUAUUCCAACAGUUUAUUGUAGACAUUUACGCGAAAGUCGAAAGUGAGCGUCUUCUUUUCAUUCGCUUAAAUCAAAAGAAGCUGCGCGUUGAAGAAUACGUUCAUUUACGUGAUGCAGUUGCUAAUGAUGGAAACAUUGCUGACAUUGGACAAAUGAACGGCAAAUGCACAAAGCGAUAUCCACGUGAGUUGAUUACUGAAACUCAAACUGGAGGUGAUGGAUAUCCUCUGUAUAGGCGAAGAAAUCCCACUAAUGGUGGAUACACAACUACUAUUAAGAUGCGAAGUGUAGAUAUCGACAUAGACAAUAGAUGGAUCGUGCCAUACUCGCCACUACUUUCAAAAAUGUUUAAUGCUCACAUCAAUGUUGAGUAUUGUAAUUCAGUAAAGUCCACCAAAUAUAUUUGUAAAUAUGUUAACAAGGGCAGUGACAUGGCAGUAUUCGGAUUAGCAAAUCGAGGUGAUGAGAUCACGCAAUAUCAAACAGGGCGCUACAUCAGCAGUAACGAAGCAGUAUGGCGGAUAUUUGCAUUCAAUAUUCACGAACGAUAUCCAACGGUUCAACAUCUCGCUGUUCAUUUGGAAAAUGGUCAGCGGGUUUACUUCACCGAAGAAAAUGCGCAAAAUAGAGUGGAGCAACCACAAAAAACAACACUGACUGCUUUUUUCGAAUUGUGUACAUCUGAAAAUUUUGCUAAAACGUUGCUGUAUCAAGAUGUGCCCAAAUAUUAUACUUGGAACACAUCGACAAAAAAGUUCAACAGAAGAAAAAGAGGUGCAAUUGUUCCAGAGCAUCCUGGUAUAUAUUCGUCCGAUGCAUUGGGACGUGUGUAUACUGUUCAUCCAAAUAACGCCGAGUGCUAUUAUUUGCGGUUGUUGCUGCAUACAAUCAAAGGGCCGACAUCGUUCCUUACAUUGAAAACCAUCGACGGAGUAGAAUGCCAAACGUACAGAGAAGCGUGCUUUAAACUGGGCUUACUUGAGAAUGAUCAGAAUUGGAACACAACUCUGACUGAAGCAUCACUCACGUGCCAUCCAAAGCAAAUACGAACUUUGUUUGCGAUAAUUUUAACAACAUGCGCACCAUCGAAUCCUCGACAACUGUGGGGAAUGCAUCGUGAAAGCCUCAGUGAAGAUAUUCUAAGACAAGCACGUACAAGCGAUCCAAGUCAGGAAUAUUCGGAUGACAUUUUCAAUGAAGCUUUAAUAUUAAUGGAGGACUUAUGCAUGUCAAUCAACAACAAAGCUCUUUGUCAACUCGGUAUGCCAGCACUGACACGAGAUAGAAAUGCUGUACAAGACAGAGACUUGAUGCGAGAACAGCAGUUUGAUGCAAAUCAGCUUGAACGAUUUGUGCAAACGCAAAAAGAGUUUUUAGUUGACGAUCAGAAAAAAGCUUAUGACAAAAUCAUGCAACGUGUAACCAAAGGAGAUGGCGGAAUUAUCUUCCUAGAUGUUCCAGGAAGUACCGGGAAAACUUUCCUCAUCAAUUUAAUAUUGGCGUCAGUUCGAAUGCGAAAUGGGAUUGCAGUAGCAGUAGCAUCAUCGGGGAUUGCAUCAACACUACUUGAUGGAGGACGUACAGCGCAUUCAGCACUUAAGCUUCCAUUGAAUUUGCACCAGACCGAAACACCUACAUGUAACAUCAGCAAAAACUCUGGUAUGGCCAUAGUCCUUAAAACGUGCAAAAUUAUAAUUUGGGACGAAUGCACCAUGGCACAUAAGAAAUCGCUCGAAGCACUUGACCGAACUCUGCGAGAUUUUCGUGGAAAAGACCAACCGAUGGGAGGCGCUCUUAUACUCCUUGCAGGUGAUUUUCGUCAAACAUUACCCGUUAUACCACGAUCAACGCCUGCAGACGAGCUAAACGCGUGCUUAAAGGCAUCGCAUCUGUGGAACUAUGUCGAAAAAAUUACGCUUACAACAAAUAUGCGAGUGCAUUUGCUGCAAGAUACGUCUGCCCAAAUAUUUUCAAAGCAACUUUUAGAUAUCGGAAACGGUAAAGUUCAUAUUGAUCGCACAACAAAUGAGAUAUCAUUUUCGUCCAACUGUUGUCAAAUGCAGCAGAGCAUUCAAGACGUCAUCGACAGAGUAUUUCCGAACAUAACGAUCAACUACCGAAAUCCGGAAUGGCUCCGCGAACGUGCAAUUUUAGCUCCGAAGAACGAUGAUGUUAGUAAAUUAAACGGUCAAAUUCAAUUCAAAAUUCCAGGAGAAGCAGUCGAAUAUAAAUCGAUUGAUACAGUAAUGGACAAAGAUCAAGCUGUUAAUUACCCAACUGAAUUUCUUAAUUCUUUGGAGCCACCUGGAAUGCCUCCUCAUUCGUUGGCGUUAAAAGUUGGAUCACCAGUGAUGCUUAUUCGGAACUUGAACGCGGCGAAACUGUGCAACGGAACCAGAGUGAUAAUAAAAAAAUUAACACCGAAUUUGAUCGAGGCAACAAUCAUCAGCGGUAAAUUCAAAGGCGAAGAUGUGCUGAUUCCACGUAUACCGAUGAUUUCCAACGAUUUACCGUUCGAAUUCAAGCGGCUUCAAUUCCCUUUGCGUCUUGCCUUUGCUAUAACUAUAAAUAAAGCACAAGGGCAAUCAUUAACUAUUGCGG